UUCGGCACGGUCAUGAUUGACGCGACGUUGCCGGUGGCCGCGCGGCGCACUGGUCUCAAGCGCAAAGCAAGCGCACCGUUAAAGCGCGUGCAGUUCUCUGUUGUGACGGAGUACAUCUUUCAGGUGGGCUGCGCUGCGACGGCGAUCCCUCAUGACUCGGUCCCGGGCGUCGGACUCGAAGGCCCCGCCAUCCGCGUUGAAACGACCCCCGUCUCGGACAAACGCAGCCAGCUCAUGAUGUACACCCAUCGAGAUCGCGUGGGACUCCUUCGUCGCGCGGGGUACUCGAUCGCGGACAUGAACCAACAAAGCCGUGACCUCCAAGCCAUCCAAAAGUCCCGCAUGGAGACCGUCAACGAGUACAUCAAGGAACGCCGAGAAGCCAUCGCGCUCCAAACCAGGGCGCAAAUGGACCUCGCCCGCCUCCUCAGCUAGACUUUCCCUGACGUUAGUUGGACUUCGUAAUUUAGUUGGCCUAUUCGACCUUGGCAUAUCCCUCUC